AUGUCUAGUUGUGAAGUGGAUUUAUUUCGUGAUACAUGGGUUCGAUACUUAGGGUAUGCCAAUGAAGUGGGUGAAUCGUUUCGGUCACUUGUACCCGUCAAAGUUGUAAGGGCUAGCUAUGCUGUUGCAUUUGCCUACGCCUUUGCUGACACUGGGGAUAAAGGAUGGAAGAUGUAUCAGAAUGAUGGUAGACCAAAGAAGGUGUUAAUUGAAACAGGUGAUGCUCUGAUUUGGCAGACUUUGGCUUCAGUAGUUAUUCCAGGCUUUACAAUUAACAGGAUUUGUGCAUACACCAACACUUAUUUACAAAAGAAUGUUAAGCGUCUACCACCAACACCAAGAAGUUUGGUCACAGUAGCCGUUGGUCUGGCCUCAAUACCGUUUAUUGUACGUCCAAUUGACAAUGGAGUGACACUACUCAUGAAUCUCACUUACAGACGAUGGGUCCAUUGA